UGAAGUUUCAAAACGGGACAAUUACCUUGAUAUAGUUGGAAUAACAUAACAUGUUUUGCUUGUUUUCUGUCAUUUCCCAGCCACUUCACGAUCUAGUGUAAAUUCUCCACCAGCUCAUUACGUACUGAAAGUACAGUCAUUUUCACUUCUUGUGAAGAAUUCUAUCGAGAGAUAUGAAUCAGAGACUUUUGAAGCUGGAGGCUAUAAAUGUUACACCUUGUAGGAAGUUAGUUCUAUACCCUGGUGGAAACAAGAGCAAGAAUGUGAGGGAACAUAUUUCACUCUACUUGGCUUUGGAUGACACAAGCUCACUUCGUCAUGGUUGGGAAAUCUAUGUCAAUUUUCGACUCUUUUUGCAUGAUCAGAACAACGACAACUACCUAGUUGUGCAGGAUACUGUGGGAAAGGAAAAGAGAUUUCACAAAAUGAAGGCUGAAUGGGGAAUUGAUCAAUUUAUUCCUCUCAGAGACUUCAACGUUGUCUCCAAAGGUUAUCUGGUGGAUGACACGUGUGCUUUUGGAGCAGAAGUCUUUGUUUGCAAAGAAAGAAACACAGGAAAAGGAGAAUGUUUGGUGAUGAUGAAGGAUGCCAUCAUAUACAAACACCUCUAUGAGUUUGACAACCUCUCAAAGUUGGAUUCAGAAUUUUGUGAUUCUAAACCAUUCAAUGCUGGAAACUACAAGUGGAAGAUAAAACUAUAUCCCAAUGGAAAAGAUGCUGAAUUUGGAAAUUAUCUUUCUCUCUACCUAACCUUGGCUGACCCAUCAGCACUUUCUCAUGGUUCCAAAAUAUAUGCACAGAUAACACUUCGCAUACUUGACCAAAAGCAAGCCAAACAUCACUUUGGAAAAGCAAACUACUGGUUUAGUGCCUCAUGUCAUGAAAAUGGUGCAUCCAGAUUUAUGCCUAUCAGUAAUUUCACCAAUCAAAACUUGGGUUAUCAAAUGAAGAAUAGUUGCUUGGUGGAGGCAGAGGUUACAAUUCUUGGAGUGGUUGAUGCAGUUUCUUAAAAUUGUUUUGUGUAAUUCAUGUGUGAAGAACUCAACUUGAUCCUAGAAUUAAUGAAAAACCAAUGCAAGGAGUUAUAUAUAAAUUAUGCAUACAUGUGUGUUCUAAUUGGAA